UUGUCCCUGGCCAAAAGAAGAGUCUUUGAAAGGAAGAAAAAACCCUAAAAUGGGUCUACUAAAUUCUAAAAACUCCAAAACCAAGCAAGCCCAGAUUCUUCUUCUGGGACUUGACUCAGCUGGGAAGUCUACACUCCUUUACAAAUUAAAGCUUGCUAAGAAUAUUUCAACCCUCCCAACCAUAGGUUUCAACGUGGAGAUGAUCCAGUUGGAAAAGAAUCUUUCGGUCACGAUCUGGGAUGUUGGAGGACAAGAAAAAAUGAGAACCGUUUGGGAUCAUUACUGUGAGAACACUGAUGGGCUGAUGUAUGUUGUGGAUAGUACAGACAAACAGCGACUGAAAGAUUCCAGUAGAGAGCUGGAGCACAUUUUGAAGAACGAACACAUUAAAAAUGUGCCUGUUGUUCUAUUAGCCAACAAACAGGAUGUGCCUGGAGCUCUAACUGCUGAGGACAUCACCAGAAUGUUCAAAGUGAAGAAGCUCUGCAGUGACCGGAACUGGUAUGUGCAGCCCUGCUGUGCCAUCACUGGGGAUGGACUGAUGGAGGGGUUCAGGAAAUUGACUGGAUUUGUGAAAAGCCACAUGAAAUCAAGAGGAGAUGCUUUAGCAUUCUUUAAGCAGAACUGAGGUCCAAGCAGUGACAUACUGGUGAAGUUGAAAGGGUAAAUUUUUACUAUGCCAAGUGAGAAAAGCAAGUUGUUAAGUUAGCAAACUUUUCCUAAAAUGUUAUGUCACCUAAAUUCAGCUAAAAACUUAAAAUAAUAUCUAGAAAACAUUAUUUUUGGUCAGGCACUUCAGUAAAUUAUAUGGUAAUGAUAAUUGAGAAUGAAAAUUGUAUAAUUUUGUGCAUGUUGGAUAAAUCAGAAUAACUAUGUUUGGGACCAAAUAAGUUAUUCCUUUAUUAUUUUUAUAUGACUACUAGAACAAAGUUUAAGUAAACUGCUAAUAGGGUCAGAAUUCUUUUUGAUGGUUUCCAGCUGUUACAGUAUUGCAUUUCUACCACACUCUUAUGGAACAGCUAGUAAAAAAUGAACU